AUGCUUCCAACAAUCUAUGAAGAAAGUAAUGCACCCGAUUUGCAACCUUCACUAAGACCCAAAAAACAUAAAAGACGUCAUAUUCAUGCAAAUUCACGUCGUGUGUAUUUGACAAUUCAGGGUUCAACAUCAGGAAUACCUUCCGUUUCCAAUGAGGAACAAAAUAAAUACAAAGUUUCUUAUAGAAUCGCGAUUCGAGAGCCACGUCCCAUUCAUAAAAAAUCUCCUUCGAAUGACGAAAAUAGGCCAAAUUUUGUACCAUUAACAAAUCCACAGACUCCACGAGGCAAUGUUAUUAUAACUACUGGCGAGAAAAGAGAAGAAAUAAAGAAUAAACAACGAAAGCAUUGUUCACCCGCUGUAACACAUUGUUGUUUAUAUAUUCGAUUAUCAGACGGUAUAUAUCUUAUCUCUUGUCUAUGGAUACUUCACAGUUUGUGGCUAGUAUAUAUUACUGGGCAAGAAUAUAAAGAAUUUGACCCUGUAUUUAUAUUAAUACUGGUGAUAUUGAUGGAAAUCAUGACAAUCUUGUUGGCUGUCUUUGGUAUAAUAACUACUUACAUAUUGAAAAAAUUGAGAAUAUACGCAUAUCUCGGCAGCUUACUCACAUGCUUCUACAUAUUAAUAUUCACCGCCGAUUCCAUUCUGGUCAUAAAAAACAAAAACUUGCAAAAAGGGUUUUUGGCAGGUGAGCGAGCUCUAUUUCCUAAGGAUUCAGAGACUGGAAUAAUUCUAAGUGUUUUUCGAGCAAUGCUUGUCGUGUCGUUGUCGAUUUAUUUCGUGAUGGUAAUUAAAGCAAACGCGGAAAAAGAUGUAGAAGAGACGCGAAGUGACGUUUGA